UCGUUCUGUGUCGCUCUCACUCUUUCUUCAGAGGAUGAUCACAAGUCUAAGUCUGAGCAGACAACAACCGCCGCCGCCGCUGCUGCUGCUGUUCCACCAGGGGGCGCUGCAGCCGAGCCCUCAACCUCACAGCCUCCAAAGGCAGAAGAGACGACUGAGAAGACGAGCGACCAACCGGACGAGUCAGAGGCGGCGGCAGCCUCAGCGGGGGGCUCGGACGGCUCGGACAGCAGCGCUGAGGACGACAGCGGCGACGAGGACAGCGGCGACUCGGCUGAGAGUGUUGACGACGGGGACAGAGACGAGGAGGAGGAAGCGGAGGAGGAGAACGAGCCUCUGUCUCUAGAGUGGCCUGAAACCAGAAGUAAGCAGGCCACCUACCUGUUCCUGCUGCCCAUCGUGUUCCCGCUGUGGCUCACGCUGCCCGACGUCCGCAACCUGGCGUCCAGGAGAUAUUUCGUUGUGACGUUCAUCGGCUGUAUCCUGUGGAUCGGCGUCUUCUCCUACUUGAUGGUGUGGUGGGCUCAUCAGGUGGGUGAGACCGUGGGCAUCUCAGAGGAAAUAAUGGGCCUGACCAUCCUGGCGGCCGGGACGUCCAUCCCCGACCUGAUCACCAGCGUCAUCGUGGCCCGUAAGGGUCUGGGGGACAUGGCCGUGUCCAGCUCCGUGGGCAGCAACAUCUUCGACAUCACUAUCGGUCUGCCCGUCCCGUGGCUCAUGUUCACUCUGUCCCACAACGGCCAGCCUGUAGCCGUCAGCUCCAACGGCUUGUUCUGCGCCAUCGUGCUGCUCUUCCUCAUGCUCCUCUUCGUCAUCAUCUCCAUCGCCGCCUGUCGCUGGAAGAUGAGCCGAACGUUGGGCCUCACCAUGUUCGCGCUUUACUUUGUGUUCCUGGUCCUCAGCGUCCUGCUGGAGGACAGAGUCCUCAUCUGCCCGGUUUCAAUCUGAGCCAGACGGGGAAACCUCAGCCAGACGGAAUCAGUACUGUACGUAGGAGGAGUUAGAUUUAACCAGACCUGAUCUCAAAGGUCCGAGCACAGUAGGGACACAGUAGAGACACAGUAGAGACACAUCACUACACAAGCAACGUUAAAAGGAAAAUCCUCCUCCAGCAAAGAUUCACAUCCAGUGACCUCACAUCAUCUGCGACUGCUCGGUCAUUCGCUGAUUUGAGGCGGAUUUGUCCUUAAAUGUUGUGAGCAUGAUGCUUAAAAAACCUUCCCGAGGAGACUUUAAUAGAUUUAUUAUUAAAUACAUGACGUACACAUUUCACCGUGCAGCGAUUCGAACAUCAGUGGAUGCAACUUUCUGUUUUGUAUGUUCAUCAUUUUCUGAACUGUAUCCCAGAGACUCUGUUGUGUGUUCAACCAUCAAACUUGUGUGUGUUCAUGUUUGUUUUGUGUGAAACAAUAAGAUCCCGUGAUCGUCUGUGUGUCGGGUAAACGUGUGUUGACAUCUUGUUAAGUGUUGAAUUGAUGCAGAUGUGAGUUACUGAUGUGAAAACUGUCGAUAUUUAAAACUAAAAUUCCA